CGACAAGAAUGUCGAAAGAUUAUAGACAACCUCUACUCCAGGAACAAGGCAACAAGAAUAUUCUGUCGUGUGGACAGAAGGACAUUGUCAAGAUGAAUGCUAAUGGGUACGGAAGAAAUAGAUCCACUGUGGAAAGAUCGUAUGAUAUUGUCGGCCAAACACUUUUGACGAACAGCCAACAAGCUUCGUGCAGCAGAAAGAGCAGUGCCAGUAUUCGCUCAGUUAGUCGGGAUCGAGUAGAAGAAAACAGGCAAAGAACCGGGAAUCUUCAGUCUCAGAACGUCAAGGUUGAUCAAGAUGACCGUAGGAAGGAGGACUCGUCUAGCAAGCGGAAAUUGCAGCAGCUUCACUGCGAACCUUCACCAGGAGGUCCUUCGAAAGUAAGAGAAGGAGUCUCCCGAGAAUUGAUAACGCAGGAGGCUGGACGAAAAGACUCGAGAACGCGGUUGCCGGUCUCGGCUGAGUCAACGCGUCCGAAGCACGAUGAUGAC